ACUAGCUAGGUGUCCAUCGCUAGCGUCAUUCGAUACACGUGCGAUACUCAAACAAGAAUGAGUGAUUUUAACAAGUAUUGCCAAGAAGCUGCCGCCGAGGAGCUGCCAAGUUCGGAAGACGAGGAAGACAUCGGCGACGAGGACACCUGUAGCGCUCAGGUUCUUGCCGCCGAAUUCCAUUUGCAGUACAGGCCACAGGACGAAUCUAGCGUUUCCCUGCAACGUGAUUAUGUCCUUAGUCUAUCCGCCGACCAGAGCUUCACUCGGAUUGCCGCAGGAUUGUCCAAUUCCGCCGUUCACAUCUACAAUCUGGAUGCCGGAGCCGGUAAACUUUCAAACUUCAGUUACCUUCCACCUACGGAAUCCGAGCAAGUGAGCAUUUGUGGCGUCCACUUCCUCGACGAGGGACCUCACAACAUCCUCGUGGGCACCACCGAUGGCUAUGUACGCCUCUACGAUCUGCGUAUCAAGGGCGAACAGGCUAGGUUCAAUUAUACUCAGCACAAAUCGGUGGCUCUAGUGCCCAAGUCGAUAACGUGCUUCGACAGGAACGCCAACGGGCGGAUCAUCUGCUGUGGCACCAAUAAGUUUCAAAGCAACGUGUUCCUGGUGUUCUACGAUGUCCGGGAACGACGGCAGAUGGGCGUCUACUGCGACAGCCACGAGGACGACAUCACCUCUGUGCGAUUCCAUCCCCAGAAUCCGGAUACACUGGGAACGGGUAGUGUGGACGGGCUGAUCAACGUGUUCGAUGUCAAGGAGGCGGACGAGGAUGAGGCACUGCUCAACACCUUCAACACAGAGAGCAGCGUUGCCCGUCUGCAGUGGCACAGGAAUGUCUACGACAAGGACGUCAUAUCUUGCAUUACGACCACAGGCGAUUUUAAGAGCUACGAGAGCGAAGAGGGCGACGAGGUAUCUUCCUUUGAGCGGCCAGACGUCACAGCGGCCAUAAGGCGCAAAAAUGCAUCAAAUUUCAACUUGAUUAAUGCGCACAACCAGGAGGACGGAGAAAUCUUCCUGCUGGCGGGCACGAAUUUCAACAAGGGGGAGAUCCUGCGCUCCGUGAGCGUUACCACCAAAAAUAGUCUACAACCGCUGGCCAAUUUUCAAGGAAACAAGCAGAUCGUGAGGGAAAGUCUGUAUGAUUCCAAGAGCAAAUCACUGAUAACAGGCGGCGAGUCCGGAAUUGUUACGGUUUGGUCGCCAGACUCAAGAGGAAGCACCGUCGUCGGUGACAAGCUUAAGGUCAAAAAGGAGAAGAAGUCGCGAAAGCAGGCUCCAUAUUAAAUGUUUAUUUUUUUAAUAAAAGUUUACUGAACCAAGUA